GUUUUGACUCACCUGUGCAGUCUUGUCCUCCACAGCCGUAACAAACUUGGGACUUUGAGAUAGAAUUCUAUCAACAACGUGCAAUUUCACCUAUAGCAUAAAGGGAAAAUCAAGCAUACUCAGCCUUAACAGGUGUUAUGGUUUUCGUCCCAUCACAGCCCUGUUGCAGUUGUUUUGUACAUUGAUUCUGCUUGUGGUUUUCUUUUUGCCCACUCAUUUUUGCUGGAUUUGACAAGUAUGUAAUUGGUUCAUAAGUAUUCCCACUGAUCAUCAGCAAGCUCAUCAACAUAUUUCAUGGAUGUAGCUACCAAAUCACUAGGCUGACUUAUUAAGCUUUUCUGGCCUUGGCAGUUCCAAAGUUUAUCCAUCUCAUAAGUCUUUGCUAUAGUGUGAAAUUUCAGCCAGAUUAACAUAGUUCUCUGUCAUCCAGUGAAAUUUUAUGGCAGCCAGUCCUUAUCUACUCCCUGAAAUCUGAAGUCUGUCGCAGUGGCUGUUGAAUUUGCAAAGUUUAUCCAACUCAUAAGUCUUUGCUAUAGUGUGAAAUUUCAGCCAGAUUAACAUAGUUCUCUGUUAUCCAGUGAAAUUAUAUGGCAGCCAGCCCUUAUCUACUCCUGAAAUUUGAAGUCUGUCACGGUGGCUGUUGAAUUUGCGCCCUUCCCCUCACUACCCCCCUGCCACACAACCCAGAUUUCUUUUUUAAUGGUCAAUAAAACCAAUACAUAAGCCAUUAAAAAUGGAUCAAGAUAGCAUACAAAUUGUGUUACGUUUACCAAUAAUCACUGGUACCAUUAACCAAAGCACAUCUUUCCCUCUUGUACACCUGCGACAGAAUGCUGUCCCAGUUAAGUGACCAUGGCAUCUCAUUAGUCAAGGAUGUUCCAACUGAUGAGGAUCACUGUGCCAAGGUUGCGAGGCUAUUUGGACCUCUACUGGAAACCAUUUAUGGCAGAUCUUUUGAGGUCAAGAGUGUCCCUAACCCUAUCAAUAUUGCAUACUCUAAUGUGGCUCUUGGCCUUCACAUGGAUCUUAUGUACUACGAGUCUCCCCCUGGGCUGCAGCUACUUCAUUGCAUAAGGUACGAUCCUGAGGUCGAAGGAGGAGAGAGCUUGUUUUUAGAUUCUUUCCAUGUUGCUGAGGAAUUCAGAAAGCAGUUUCCUGAACAGUUUGAAAAUCUUGUGCGAAUACCAGGAACAUUUCAAAAAAUACACUUUGAAAGGGAUUAUCCAGUCAAACUAGUGUACAAGAGGCCACACAUUGUUCUUAACCCUGACAAAGAGAUUGUGGCUGUUAAUUGGUCGCCUGCUUUUGAAGGGACCCUUUCAGUACCAGAGGAAGAUGUUGAGCCAUACUUUGAAGCAUACAGGACAUUUACGAAGCUCCUUGAUGAAUCGCCAAUGCAGAAAUCGGUGAAAAUGCAGCCCGGAGACCUAGUAUGUUUUAAUAACCGACGUGUGCUUCAUGGAAGGAAAGCAUUUACUUUAAAUGGAGGAAUGAGGUUUUUUAGGGGUGCCUAUGUGAACAUCGACGAAUUCAGGAAUACAUUUCAAGUGAUGUCAGAGCUGGUUGGAUCUGGAGAGCCCUGCAAGCGGAUUGGGAAUCAUUGCUUCCUAUAGGACAUAAUGGAGAGUAGCCUGUUUUGCUUCGAAUCUGCUUGCUCGCUUCCAUACAAAACCUUCUAAUUUUUGCAAUAUUCAGAUCUUCAUUGAAUCUCAACCUUGCGCGGCGUUGGUCUUAGACUUCAUGUUCUGGCUAUUUAAAAUACACUUUUCCCAGUUCUGAAUUUUAUUUAACUGUAGGUAAAAGUUUAGAAAUUAUCUGUCACGUUACCAGUUGUUGCAAAAGCCUAUUAAAACCAAAGUGAUCACUCUGGCUAAUCAAAAAGGACGCGGGCGAUCCAUUGAACCAAUGAAAUUUCCAAAAUACAUGUUGCCGACGCAAAACGCGGAAAAAUUUGUUCGAGCGAACCACGAUUGGUUUUUGUUUUACCUCUGAUUGGGUAAAAAAGAGCGGAGUGCUGCGAGUUUUUUUAAGCCAGUCGCUUGGCUCAAUAAUGGAAAACCAAAGCAAAUAAGAAUUACCGGUUUUCAUGUGACGUAAAUGUAUGGUCAUGACAGUGAAAUCUGUAUUAAGCGGACCCGAUAUUAAGCGGACACCCUCCAUUAAGUGGACACCAGCUUGAGUCCCUAAAUUUUCUUCC